UCGAGUCUACAUCAAAUCACUUGGCAGCAACUAUUGUAAAAUCGGCCUACAGCAUCAAUCAUCUUAACAGCUGUUACAUUCUAAAGUUUGCUACACUCACGAAACAGAUUGACAUGCAUGCUCAGCGCAACGUACGAAACACCUGAGCAAACGGGCGAAUUUUAGACGAAAACUGUGAGUUCGUCGUUAUUUGCCGAGUCGCUCAUUUUUCGGCGGAGGUUGAUGAAAGACUACAGAACUGUACUCUCAGCUGUGUUCGUCGUUUCGCUUCCGCUAAAUUGUCGUCAGUGUUAAUUUGCCGGUGUCAAGAGCGCUCGUAAGCAACGAUUCGCCAGUAAGCGAGUUGAUUUUCGCCGCAAUUGUUAUACUUUCAACACGGCGUUGCAGUGCCAAUAAGACACUCGUUAGAUUCUUUCGUAUUUUCGCCGUACGCGAGUCGUGCCCGUGUGUUAUUGCUGUUGUGUCGGUGUUAGUGGCUCGUUGGCACGUUUGAUUAGUCGCUAGUGUGUUUAUUUAAUACAAAUCCUGUCGCUCAGCGAACUCAGUUCGUGUUUGAAUUUCGUGAUGUGCGGUUAUCAAUUUGCGGCUGCUACGAGUCAGCAACAAAAAAUCGUCUAAACGAAAUAUUCGUCGGAUACUGGACUUCAAUGAAAGCCGAAAAUACUCGUAAUCUUAGAAAUGCGGUGAUGAACGAAAUUUUGUGUAGUUAAAUAUUUCACAAUGGAAAUGAUAACUCAAGUGGAGUUUAGUAGUUGAAAACAGAGUUAAAGGCAAAUGAGUACGAUGGAAUAAUUUGCAACUUGCAACAUAAAGAAAACAAAAAAUAACAGAAAACGGAAAAAAUAAACAGUAAAAAAAAACAAUCAAAGGCAAAACGAAUACAUCAUCAAUAUUGCUAAAAAUAAAAUUAAUCAUAACAAACGCUCAAAAUACCAAAUGAAGUGCUCAAAAAAAUUAAAUUUUGAUUGAAAAUUUGUAAAAAAAAUAUUUUGGAAAAAUUAUAAGAAUCUUCUUCAAUCAAUAUUGUGCAUAAGUUCAAGUGUAAAAAUAGUUCAUCACAAAAAUUUGUUCAGAAAAUUCGAUCAUAAAGCAGUGCGGAUAAAAUUGUAUUACCUUAAGGAAAUAUUUGUUUGUGAAAAAUGUGCUCAAAACACAGCUGGCACAAUGGUGCGGCAUGCACGGCCGUGUCGCGUUUGCUCACCUCCAUAAUACUGUUAGCUCUUGUGGAUUACGCCUAUUCGGAUUAUGAAAAUACAUGGAAUUUAUAUUAUGAACAACCUUGUUGUUUGCGUACACCCAACGUGCAUCACAUACGACAUCAUAAAGAUCCUGUGAAAGAUUUUAGUUGUGGCGCGCUUUACUACAAAACCUUUUACUUUGAUGAGGAUAACAACGCGCUCUAUGUGGGAGCCAUGGAUCGGAUAUUUCGCUUGAAUCUGCAGAAUAUAAGUCAAUCAAUUUGUGAGCGUGAUGUGCUCAUACUGGAACCAUCCGGUUCAGAUAUACUCAGUUGUGUUUCUAAAGGCAAACGAGAGAAGGUGGAAUGCCGCAAUCACAUACGCGUCAUACAACCGAUGGAGUCCGGCUCGCGUCUGUAUGUGUGCGGCACGAAUGCGCACAAUCCGAAGGACUACGUGAUAAAUGCGAACUUAACACAUUUACCCAGAUCGGAAUACGUGCCGGGCAUCGGUUUAGGCAUUGGCAAGUGUCCCUACGAUCCCGCCGAUAACUCCACAGCAGUUUAUGUGGAGAAAGGCAAUGCCUUCGGAUUACCAGCGCUGUAUUCCGGCACAAAUGCUGAAUUUACCAAGGCUGAUUCGGUUAUAUUCCGUUCGGAUUUGUAUAAUUUCACAUCCGGUCGGAAGGAGCACAAUUUCAAACGCACCGUGAAAUAUGAUUCCAAAUGGCUUGAUAAACCAAAUUUCGUUGGAUCCUUCGAUGUGGGCGAAUAUGUGUACUUCUUUUUCCGCGAACACGCUGUCGAGUACAUCAAUUGCGGCAAGGCGAUUUACUCACGCAUCGCACGUGUCUGCAAGAACGAUCGAGGCGGCAAAUAUAUGAUCAGCCAAAAUUGGGCGACCUACCUGAAGGCGCGCAUCAAUUGCAGCAUCUCCAGCGAAUUUCCAUUUUACUUCAAUGAAAUACAAUCGGUUUAUAAAAUGCCAAACGAUGACACCAAAUUCUAUGCCACCUUCACGACGAACACACACGGCAUUGUCGGCUCGGCCGUGUGCAGUUACGACAUACGCGACAUCAAUGCGGCCUUCGAAGGCAAAUUCAAGGAGCAAGCGACCUCUAACUCUGCCUGGCUGCCAGUGCUGAACUCCAAAGUGCCGGAACCACGACCGGGCACAUGCAUCAACGAUACGGCAGCGCUGCCAGAUUCGGUGUUGAAUUUCAUACGCAAACAUCCGCUAAUGGACAAGGCGGUCGAUCAUGAGUUCGGCAAUCCGGUCUUUUACAAACGGGAUAUCAUACUCACCAAACUGGUGGUGGAUAAAAUUCGCAUCGAUAAACUAAAUCAAGAGUAUCUCGUAUACUUCGUCGGCACCAGCACCGGACUCAUUUACAAAAUCGUUCAAUUCAUACGCUACGGUCAGCGCUUCUCGAACCUGCUCGACGUGCUGCAGGUGGCCGACAAUGAGCCGAUACGCGAGAUGGGUUUGAGUCAGAAGACGGGCUCGCUGUACUUGGCGCUGGAGCACAGUGUAAAGCAAAUCGAUUUGGCGAUGUGCGCCCGCCGCUACGACUCGUGUUUCCGCUGUGUGGCCGAUCCGUAUUGCGGCUGGGACAAGGACGCCAGCACCUGCAAGCCAUAUCAGCUGGGAUUGCUGCAGGAUGUUGCCAAUGAGACUUCCGGUAUUUGUGACACGAGCGUUUUGAAAAAACGCAUCACCGCAUCCUACGGCCAGACGCUGCAUCUGUCGUGUUUCGUCAAAAUCCCCGAGGUGCUGAGGCAGAAGUCGGUGCGCUGGUAUCACCACUCAACGGAGCGAGGACGCUACGAAAUAAACUACAGUCCCGCCAAGUACAUUGAAACCUCAGAGGGUGGCUUGGUGAUUAUAUCGGUGAAUGAAGGUGAUGGCGGACGAUAUGACAGUUACCUGGAUGGAACGCUGCUCUGCAGUUACAGUGUCAAUGUGGAUGCGCACAGAUGUACGCCGCCUAACAAGAAGAACGAUUACCAGAAAAUCUACUCGCAUUGGUGCAAUGAGUUCGAGAAAUACAAAUCGGCCAUGAAGCAGUGGCAGGCCAAACAAGAUCAAUGCAAUAUGAAGGAGAAGGCGAGCGCAAAGCAUACGAAUGAUGUCUAUAGUAAUGAACCUGUGGUCUGACCGCCAGGUAGCGCGACAAACCACUAAAGACUGAACUUUUUAAACUUUUGAAAGACAAUAUUUUCGUAUUUUAACAGUUUUAAUUUGCUAAAAAUUCUUGUAACUAAAAUGUUCUACAGUUAAAAAAUAUAUAAAACAACAUAAAAAUGAAAUAGAAAAUCACACGGAAAUUGUACAGCAACAAAAAAAGAAAAUAAUAUCUAGAAACGAACGGUUAAAGAAAGUGAAACAUCAAAGACCUACCAGAAAGCAGAUCAUAAGCUUAAAAAAAUACAGCAAAUGGAUGACAGUGGGUCAAGUGGUGAAGAGCAUGAACACAUGCAGCAGCCAGAACACACACAGACACACCCACACAUACCGCAGCACACGAGAGACAGUUUGAGUCGAAGGAGGACGACAACAGUAAAGUUACUAACAAAGAGAUCCUGCCAGCAAUAAAUAUACGAAAUAUAAGCAACAAAUAAAUAAGCGAAACAAAAAAAAAAAACAAAAAAAGCAACAACAGAGGGUUUUAAUAGAAGCGAAGGUGUAGAAAAGAAACCGUAAAAGAAAUUACAAUAACAACAAUAUAAAUAUAGCGAUAACAAGCACAUAAAUAGCAAGUAAAGAAGUGAAAACGAAACUAGACACAUAUACAACAGCAUUUAUAUACAUACACCAACAAAGAUAAACAUAUACAUAUGUAUGCAAACAUGCCUGCCUGCCUAAAAGUAUGCUAAGUGACAGUGUGAAUUCAGCUUAACGAAAGCAUCAAAACCACCUACAAAAAAAUAAAAAAAAAACCAACAACAAAAAGCAUACACGAAUAGAACACCAUAAAAUAAGAGACAAAAAA